GGGGCUGGCCCCACGGAGCACCUGAGCCACUUGUCCCACACGGCCACAGUGACACUCUUGGUCCAGGUGACACUCUUGGUCCACCAUCAUCUUUCCAUGGAAACUGAGCGCCUUCAGUAGAACACCUCAAAUUUCUGUUUUUAGUGUGAUUUGCCCCUCCCCCCCGAUGAGUCAUUUUUGUCACAAACCACAUCUGAAGUCCUGUCCCAUGGUGGCACUGAAAAGUCACACCGGCGCAAUUCUUCUUCCUCUUCAUGGCGUGAAGUUUUGUGUGCUGGUGCCCCAAAUCCUCUCUGUUCCUGGACACCCAUGGACGUGUUUUGGAUCCAUCUUCUCGCCAUCCUCACGCUCCUCCACCAAACCACGAGCGCCAGUGACACCACGGAGGUGUUCGGAGCCCUGGGCGGGUCCGUGACCUUCCGCACCCACAACACAGGUGGAAAGGCAGCAUUCUGGAAUUUUGGGAAUGAUCCCAUAGUGACCGUGAUAUUUGAGGACCCUCCUCGGCCAGUAUUUUAUACAGACAAAUUCCAAACCCGUUUUGCUGUCUCUGAGAACGGCCGCGCGCUCAGCAUCCCCCAGCUGAGGAUGGAGGAUGCCGGGACCUACUCUGUAGCCAUUGAUGGAAAAAAAACAAUUUUCACCCUCCAGGUGUUCGAGGAGCUGGCAGAGCCCACGGUGACCUGCGAGGCCCAGAACUGCUCGGACGGGAGCUGCAGCUUCUCCCUGCGCUGCUCCGCGCCCGGCGCCGGCCUCGGGAACGUCUCCUACAGCUGGAGGGUGCGGGAUCAGCCGCGGGACGGGGACUCCGUGGUGCUGCGGGUGAACGAAUCAUCCCGGGAGGAGCCGGAGCCGCUGACGUGCACGGCACGGAACCCCGUCAGCAGCAGGAGCGUCACCGUCAGCACCCCCGGGGUGCUCUGCUCAGGUGCCGUCUCCAGCAGCCAGGUCGGGGUCGGGGGCGGGAUCGUCAUCACAGUCGGGAUUUUAGUCGCGGUGGUUUUAUUGUUUUGCCUCACUGUGUUCUUGUGGAAAUCCAGAGGUUUGAGAAAAUCCCUUCUCUUCAGUUCCAAGCCUGCGGACACAGCGGUCGCUGACUACAUGACCGUGUACGCCGAGGUGGGCUCUUCCCAGCAGCACCGAGUCGUAAAACACGUAAAAAUGGUCUUGCCCCAGCGCGUCCCUAACGGAACGAAAGCCAACCCCGCGGACGGGGGAUCCGCCACAACCAUUUAUUCCCUGGUCAAGCGUCCGGAGCAGGUCGGGACAGUAGAAAAUGACGCCGUGACCGGCCUGAAGCUGGUCUAGAAGGACCUAGAACUGGUCUAGAAGGACCUGGAACCGGUUUAAAGGAAAAUAAAGUGAUUUAAAGGACCUGGUUUAAGAACAUGAAACUCUUUCUCAAAAUAUGGAAGUGAUUUAAAGGCCUGAAGCUCUUUUAAUGAGUGUGGACCUUGUUUUACAAGAAACCAGAACCAAUUUAGAAGAAGCUGGAACUGGUUUAGAAGAAACCAGAACUGAUUUAGAAGAAGGUGGAGCUGAUUUGAAAAGACCUGGAACUGGUUUAGAAGGAUCUGGAACUGGUUUAAAGGGUCUCCACUCCCCGGCCAGAUGGAUGGACCCCACAAGGCAACUCCGGAACAGCUCCAGCAUCCCCAGCCCCGCUCCAGACCUGGAUCUCACGGAUCUCCCCCUCCUGGAAUCUCCCUUCCCCCCUCAUCUUUGCUGCCUCAUUUUCCCUCUCUUUGAGAUUUCAGGGAGGAUUUUUGGGAACUUUCUCCAUGGUUUUGGCAGCUCCGUGGGAUCCAGGCUCCUUUUCCCACCGUCUCCCACCAGAAUUUGGACCAAAACUCUGCCACAGCUGUGGGGACUCCAGACAGGUUGGAGGAGACUCUUCAAAGCGUUUUUCCAUGGAACCCCAGAAUUCCGGGUGUUGGAAAAGCCCUCCAUGAUCACCAAUUCCAACCUGGGACCAAUCCUGGUUACCCAGACCAACAGCCAGUGGGUUCCUUGGAUGGGGGCUCCAAACCAGCCCCUUUUUGGGUGAAAGACCCAUUUUUUAAAAGGAAUUAUCUCAGGGAACCAAUGGAGACUAAUUUUUUUGCAAUCUUUUUCUUUGUAAAUGACUUAUUUGUAAUUUUUUUUCCCCUCUUCUGCUGAAUUUUGAGCCUUGCAAAAACUUCAGCUUCUUGCAGGGCUGAAAACAACCAAAAAUAACGCCAGGAAGUUGAAACGAGAACAAACAAGUGAUGUUGUCGUGUCACAGCCGUGUGGUUUCAGCACCUGUUCCCUUUCCCAGCCCAAAACCUUCUAAAUUUUACAGCACUCCCCUCCCCCAAAAACCCUCAGCCCCCCCCCAAUCCCUGCAGGGCCGAGGUUCGGGAUUUGGGAUCCAGGAUUUGGGGCGGAUCUGAGGGAAAACGGGACAUGGAGAGCGACUUGGGUGAGUUUGCAUGUGGGGUUUGGAUUUUGGGUGAAGGAUUUGGGCUGCUGGAGGUGGGAGAAUUCCCAGCAGGAAUCUGGGGAUCCCAGAAGGAAUUUGGGGGUCUCAGCAGGAAUUUGGGGAUCCCAGCAGGAAUUUGGGGAUCUCAGCAGGAAUCUGAGGAUCCCAGCAGGAAUUUGGGGAUCUCAGCAGGAAUUUGGGGACCCCAGCAGGAAUUUGGGGAUCCCAGCAGGAAUCUGGGGAACCCAGCAGGAACUUGGGAAUCCCAGUAGGAAUUUGGGGAUCCCAGCAGCAAUCUCCAGGGGCAGAAUGAAUUCCUUUGGAACAUGCAUCCUGCUGAGGGACAAGGACAAGAGCAGGGGGCAUGGGACAAAUUUCCCCCUUUCCCUGCUCCCCAAACCCACCUGGAAACGGCAGAAAUCGCCCCAAAAUGAGGAACUGACCUGGAUGUUCCAAUGCCUCCAGAAUUCUGGGAAUUCUCUUCCCCAAAUCCACUUGGAAACGGCAGAAAUCGCCCCAAAAUGAGGAACUGACCUGGAUGUUCCAAUGCCUCCGGAAUUCUGGGAAUUCUCUUCCCUCCCGUGCCUCUUCCCGCCGCUCUUUGUCUGUGCCGUGGUGAAUUGUUCACGGAUGGAACCGAAGUUGCCUUUGAGAUCUCUGCAAUAAGAAUUCCUGGCGCAUCCAGCGCCGUUCUUGGCUGCACCUUAUUUUUGGAAAUAACUUUUGUAAUAAAUUUGGAAUAAUUUGUGUUU